GUUUUCAAUUUUGGGAGAACCGAAAACUUAUCUGAGUAAAUAAUAAUAACUUUUAUAAUAUAAACUUGUUAUAACACAACAGGUUUUUUUUCCAUUUUUUAUAAGUCUUAUGUUAGUCUGAAGAGAGCAGUCAAUUUUCUUUAGUUUUCAAUCGUCGGGGUUUAUUUAGUAGUAAUCGCAAAAAUUAAAAAUCUAUUCUUUUCCUGUGUUCCUUAUACACUAACUGUACUUUUUGUUGAAUAAUGUUAUACAACAAUUAAUAUCUAGUUUAAAAUUAAUUAAAUUAUUAUCAAAUGAAAAACUCUUACGCCUUCUGCGAAGUAACAAAAUACCAAAUAUUAAUUAGGCAUUGCUUUACACUCCACAUUGUUUGUUGUGUAGUGACGUCACUUUUUUAUGGUGCCUAGUUGUGCUCCAUGUUGUUAUCACACACAGGUAGCUUUCUCUUGAAAUGUGGCAGCUGGUUCGAUCUGUUUGUGGUUUGUGUUCAGGAUCGGUGCUGGUGUUGGACACUUCACUAUUGUUAUUUAAUCAACAAUCCAUUUGAACCCAAGAUUGUCUGGGAAAAACUGAGGGAUCAGUUUCAAAAGAAGACAUGGGCUAACAGACUGGCGCUGAGAAGGAGAUUACUUAAAAUUAGAAUGAAUGAUGGGGACUCUGUGCAUGAGCACAUUAAAACUCUAACAUAGAUUUUCAACGAGCUUUCAGUGGUAGGAGAUGCCGUUGAUGAAGAAGACAUGGUGGUUCAUUUACUUGCUAGCCUUCCAAACUCAGAGAAAUCUGUUGGUAACUCCUCUUGAGGCUUGCUCGGAAGUUCCAAAGACGGAACUUGUUACCGACAGUGCUUCACAAAGAGAGAAAGAUUUCACAACGAAGGAAAGAAGUACCAAGAAGAGCACUUGUGUCAAAAGAGAAAACAAAGAAAGGACCCCAAUGUUAUCAUUGUAAGAGAAUCGGACACUUUAAAGAUAUUGCCCUGAGCUAAAAAGAAUCAAGUAAACAUAUUUACAGACAGCAUAAGGCACAUCGCACUGAGACUAAGACUAAGAGAGACUCAAGUGAUGAAAGUGUGGGACUGUUAAUGAGGCAUCGCCAGGCUUUAACUAAAGUCAUUGUGCCACGACUUGGAUGGUUUAUUCAGGAGCAACACGUCAUUUGUGUUGUAGGAAAUCUGAUUUAUCCAAUUGUCAUAAUUGGGAGAGCCUCUAAAUAUAGGACUCGUAGAUGGACGGAAUCUGACAGCACUUGCCUGUGGUAUUGUCACACUAAAAAUUAAGUUGCCUGGAAAUAAAAAAAAAACAAGCAUGUACUAUUGUGGAAGCAGCACGUUGCAUACUGGAUGAAGCAUAGCUACCAUGAAAAUUCUAGGCAGAAGCAGUGUCAAAAGCUGAAUAUCUGCAGAAUCGAAGUCCUAUUGAAUCUCUUCAAGUUACUACAUCAUUUGAGGUGUUAACUGGUAAGAAAUCCAGUGUCGAUGACCUUAAAGUGUUUGGAUGUGUUGCGUAUGCAUAUAUUCCUAAAGAUGAAACACAAACGUUUGAUUAAAAAACACAGAAAUACAUUUUUCUAGGGUACGGAAUCGAUGUCAAGGGUUAUCGCCUCUACAAUUUGAAACUAGUAGUCCGAUCUAAAGCAGAGACGUUCUGCUUUAAUGAAAACAAGUUCAGUCUUGAGAAGGAGACUGAAGUGUCUCAGGAACCAAAUCCUAUAUUGCUGGAAUUCAUUGAAAAUAAGGUCGAUGAAUAAGGGAUUCAUUUUAAUGAUCAUGAUCAGAAUUUGUGGAUGAAUCAGAUGCGGAGCUAGAUGCCAGACGACCAGCGUGAGUUAAACGCCCACCACAGAUUGAGCACAUUCAUUGCAUGCUACUGCUGCAAAAUACAGUUUACGGUGGCAUCAGAUGGAUGUAACGACAGUCUUUUUUUAAAUGGAGUGUCAGAGGAAGAGGUAUUCAUGAAAUAACCAGAAUUGUUUUUUUUUGAAGAAAGAAAAGAAAACAUCAUAUGUAAAAUAAAAAAAAAAUGUCUCUACGGACUAAAACAGUCUAGUCGAUAACUUUGUAAUACUUAACGCAGAGACUUACAAGUUUAAAGUGGUCAACCCUUUAUUCCAGGUUGGUAGAUGAAAAUUUUCCUGUUGGUUAUCUCCGGCUGAAUCAUUUGCCUUAAUGGUUAGAAGUCAGCCAUUUCGGAGUUAACACCAUUACCUUUAAUAAACUUUUUACUCGUCCAACUUAUUCCGAGAAUGUAGUGAUUUUUGGUAUCGUAAAUUUGCUUUAGAGAAGGGUCCAUAAAAGUGUCAAAUCCGUGUGCCAUUGGCUAGUCUGUAUACUUUCGAUUACACGGUGUUCUUCGUUGUCACUAUAGCAUGAUAGAGAGCUAUGUGUUCAAUUCUAAACGAGAUCUCUCAACGAUAGGUUUCCUUCCUAUAUGGUUGACUUUGUACCGCACUUCCAGCCUUUUGUGACAAAGCGUGAUUCUCAAAUAAACGUUAUUAUUAUUAUUAUUAUUAUUAUUAUUAUUGUUAUACACGUAAGAGUUUUAAAGAGCGUCAAUAUCGUUAGCGACUACAGUAAUUUACUUUAAGGUUGUUGUUUUUUAAAAAAAUUCUAUUCGUAGCUUUACUUUUUUGGGAGCUCCCUUCGUUGGACACGCCCAUGGUUGAAAUGUCACGAGAUCUAACGCUCACUCUUUAACACAUGUUUCUAUGUGGGUCAGGGAUAGAGAGGGAUAAUGGUAUUAAAACAGAAAAAAAAAAUGUAAUAGGAGAUUAAUUGAAUAACACUGACUGAGAAUAAAUGAUAUAUUAAAAAAAGGUACAAGUUAAAAGCUAGGUGUAGUAAAUGUAGGACACAAAAUAUAUUGUAUGGUGGGGACUUUUAAAAUUUCACUGCUCUCCUGUAUCUAACAAGGAAACACAUAUUGUUAAAGUAGUUAAUUUUUUUUCCCUCUCAAAAGUGAAAUGACGAUAAAUUUGUGGACCAGAAAUAAAACUGAUUUACAUUUUCGAGAGCCUGCGCAGCAUUAGUUCAAAGGCAAAACUGACAAAUCUGAGACCUGUAUCAGUCAUCCGUUCAUUCGUUACUCGACUUCGGUCACGAGACGACGUGUUUCGCCUGAGCUGGUACGUAUUUAUUUUCAAUAUAUAUAUAUAUAUAUAUAUAAUAUAUAUAUAUAUACACAUUAUAUACAUAUAUAUCUAUUUCGCAAACACCAUCUGGGAUGAUUGGCUACCUUAUUUUCCAGUUAAUGAAUAAUGGCUGUGUUGCUUAUGGUGAAAUGGCUACAAAGACUUUGACAUUGUGUGCUUGUAAUUAGUUUUUGUAGUGUUGACUUUGUACCGCGCUUCGAGCCUUUGGGGAUGAAACGUGUUUUUGAAAUGAACUUUAUUAUUAUAUAUAUAUAUAUAUAUAUAAAUAUGAAUUACAUAACUUUUUUAAUAACUGAGAUUUCUCGAUAUUGAGCGGAUUUUUUAUCAAUUCAUACUCUUUUAAUAUAACUAAAGGAACAAUACAAUACACAGACAUAUCUAUACAGAAUUGUAUAUGACAUUAAUUUUGUUAUACGUAUCUGGUUUCUUUUAUAAGCUACUUAUAAGUUAACCGUAGUCAGUCGCCUCUAACGAUCACAUAUACAUUAAAACAGCUAGAUCAGGGUGAAUUCUUUCUCUUUUUUCAUGGCUGAAUUAUACGCAAGAGAAAUAAUUAAUAUGCCUUGCGUUUGAAUUGUUUUAAUUGUAAAUGUUGUCUUGGUAAAAAAUAGGUAUAUGAAUAUCAUUAUGUGUCCCGUGAAAUGAAAAAAUAAUAGUUAUUAAUUUGGACGAUAAAGAAUAUUAUCUUAUCAAUUAAAUGUAACACAUUUGACAUAUCUAUUCGUAAUGGGAAAGAUAAGGCAACUUAAGGUCCAGGCAAAAGCAUUAAAAGCAGUCAUUAUCCCAAGCUAAUUAUACCCUUAACCAUAGAUAUAAACGAGUCAUAAUCUGCUAUUAUUUAAAAAUCGUGUAAUUUAUCAUCUAAUGUUAUAUCGUCCAUAGAUACAUUUCGAACAAUUUUAUUAAAUGAUGUUAGCAUAUCUGCCGUUGUACACGAUAAUAAAUGGGAAUUCGUUAGACCCUGGGGGCGUCGUUCGAUUUCCGAUUUUCCUACUUCCUAAUAGUCAUGUUGUAAAUUGUAACCUUAUCGAACUGGGGUCAGAGACAGAAAACUAAUUCUGAACUACCAAAAGGUUUAAAGAGACACUGAUUGUAUAUGUAUAUCUCUGCAAUAUAUAUAUAUUGCUUCUGAUGCGUCCUCUUUAAAACCUCCAAAUGUUUGACAUUAUUAAGUGAAUGAGUGAAAAUGAAGGCUGUCGCGCAGCGAGCUUCACUUGUAACUUCUGAACUCCGGUAUAUGAGUUAAUUUUUUCUUUAGAAGGGAAUUCUUUUUUUAUAACACUGUUUUUUUUUCAAAUCCUUGAUUUAAGGCUGAGCGCCACACAGAACUGGGUCAUGGGCCGUCCUUUCACUUAGGGCCUGUUUGAGCCUGGCAGUCUUUCCCGUAGCUUGAUACAGGAAGGUUAUUGCUAUUUUCGUUGUAAUGCGACUCUUUUGCCUUACGUCUUUGUUAUAAAAUGAACAACCGUAUCUUCUCUGUCGCGUGUUGUUGUUGUUUUUAUUUUUUUUUUUUUUUUGUGCAACGUCAUCUCUAUUCCGAGAUCAGGCGACUGCCUCUUCCUAUGAUGGUGUCAUUUCUUGACAAAAGCGGUUGACGAGGACAGUGCACGCUCACUACGACUUAGGGUGGUAAAUUUAGUUGCAUAUUAUACAAAAGGAGAAGUUAACUCUUAUUCUUUUUGUAACCCAUCAGGUAUUUCUCAAAAUUCCCAAACCCGGUGUAAAAAAAGCUAAACCUGGUUAUGCCAUAGGAUAUAGAAAUUUAGGUUGCGUCCUUCGCCUUCAUCAGACGAUCGAUUAGCUUAUGGACAGUGUCAGCUGCAUUUCUCGCAGGAGAAACUUGCACUUUCAUAAAGCCAUAAAAUAUAUCUCCAUCUUGAAAUCAAAGUUUGUCUUGAACUCAUUUCUCAAGCUUAUUAUAUUUUGUUUUAUUUUAGGUCAAAGUCAAUGAAUAAUUAAAGUUAUUUACAUAUUUAUCUUCUUUUAGAAUAGUGAAAGAUAAAAACACUCACACAUUUGAACUGUCUGCCCACAUCUAUAAAGGUAAGUAAAAAUUCAAAGAUAUAAACCUUAAGCAGUGGUUUUAUAAAUUUGUAUUCUCUGGGCCAAUUGUUCAGUUAUUUUUUUCCGGGAAUUUAUUGAGACUGGCAGAGGCUGCGCCUUCAUUGGUAUUUGUCACGGGGCGUCAAGAUGGCAACAUAAGAACCUCUGAGAGCAGUUUCAAAUGGACAAUCCAUUUCACAUUCAUCACUUUCACAAAAAGCAUCGCAUGGAUGCGUGGGUAAAUUAAAAACGAACCGAAACCUUCCAUUUAAUAAAUGUUUGAAAGCGCACCUUUCAGAAUAAAGGCUUAAUAAAGAAGCCUAAACCAAAAUAACAACAACAUUUUUUUAGCAAACUCUUGAAUCAUUUCAAUUUGAAAAUAAAACACAUUUUUUUACUCGGCGUCAUCUACAAUAAAAAGAAGUCCUUGGUUCACCAAGAUCUCAAGUACAAGGAUUUUUUAACAUUCUCCUAAAUGUCUUGCUGACACCCUACACAAUCUCAGAAACACAUCUAUCAAAAAAAUUAGUUCACAAAUCUUUAAUAAUUACCGCCAUCUUUCGUGAUGCUUCGUAUUAAAAAUGGCAAAUGUUUAACAUCUCUAACAUUAGAGCGAUUAGAAGACAACCUUUUUUUUUCUUUUGUAAUCAGGGGAUCAUAUUUAAAGAAAAAAGUAUAAUGUUUGAGGCACCAAAUUUUGUGUUUGCCAAUCAGAAAUGGCUGCUUUAAACACACAAAAAUGUCUGCGUAAGAUCCAUCAUUCUAAUCGCCACUUAUUAACAAAAUUUUAAUCAGUUAUCUUCUAUAAAAAAUGUUGAAUUUUUUUUUCAUAGGUUAAAAUGGCACAGGUAGAAUUGAGCUACAACUUGAUGUUAUUAGGGAAAACCGGAGCUGGAAAAAGCUCCACAGGAAAUACAUUGCUGGAUCGAAAAUGCUUUACAAGUUCAAUAUCUUUUAAUUCGAGUGAAGAUGUUGCAAAAAAGCACUGCAAAGCCUUUAAGAAGUACACAUUAUGUGUUGUAGACACACCUGGAGUCCAUGACACUCACAAGCCAACUGGAGAAAUAGUAAAAAACUUGCACGACGCAAUGGGCCUUAUCCCCGAAGGAUUCAACGCCUUGAUAUUUGUAAUCAAACUGGGCGAAAGAUGCACAGAGGAGCUGCUUGAAACAAUUAAGGUCAUAAAAGCUUUAUUUGGGGACACUAAUUUCAGUGACGUCUGCAUCGUCGCUUUAACGAAUGGUGAAGAUGCUGAAAAGUAUAAUGUGAAUAACCAAAACAUUCAAGAGUGGUUAAGGAGACCAGAAAACGUGAGGCCGGGCUCUGACCUUGAGACGUUGUUGCGAGAAUGUGGCUAUAGAGCCGUCUUAUUUUACAACAAUACACCGGAUAAACGCGAGGAGAGUGUCGAAAAACUUAUAACAUGUCUUCCCCAACAGGCUCCUCGUUACACAAACGAACAUUUUCAAAAGUGUGCCGAUGAGAGGGACGCCUAUAUGACCAGUUGGGGCUUUCCCGGACAAAGAGCUAACAUUCAGACCCAACUCAGUCUUCUUACCGCGACAAUUGAGGACACUUUGAAAUACGAUAUGACUAAUGUUGAACCUGCUUUGUCAAAAAUUAAUGAUCUUAAAAAAUUGUUGGAGACUGAAUCCAAAGGCACAGACUCAUUGGAGGACCUUAAAAUCCAAGUCACUAAUAUAGAAUCUGAAAUGAGUAACCUCCCAGAAGAUGCCGAUCAAAGAAUUGAAGUAAUAAAGAACGUAGAACAGAAGGUCAAUGGAAUGAAAAAUGCUGGUCUAUUUUCAAGUGCGUUUGCUGUCUUAUCAGGGUGUGGCACAGCUAUUAACGUUGGCUUAGCUGCAACCAGAAUAGUAUCUGGAAUACCCGUCUUUGGAAUAGGUAUUGCAUUGGGCAUGGUAGUUGUGGGUUCUACAGCAUUUGCUAUUUACGCACUGGUCAAGGCCUAUAAGUCAACUAAAAGCAAAAAAGAAGAUAAGGAAAAGCUCCUUUAGAAACACCAAUAGGCAAUCCAAAUAAAUUUAUUGGUUUCGAUGUUUUGUUUAUGAUAAUUUAACAGCGAAUGUGUCCAAAUUUUUAUAUUAUUAUAUUUCUCAUCUUAUUAUUAUCCUCAUCUUAUGUUUAUUUUUUCCGGAAGGCAUCGCAAAAAAAGGGGGUGGGGGUGGGGAAGUGAUUGAGAUAAGCCACAAACUUGCAAGACGACUGAAGGUUACUGCUGUGAAUUUUUAAGAUGCCCUUAACACAUUCGAUCUAUGACGGCGGCGUGGUCUUCUUCUUGCCUUGAAACCGAAGAACCUGCAAUUUUAAGCUUGUUAUGCAAGUUUUUUGACUGGCAUUCUGACCAUUUGGUCAGAUCGAAUAAUUGGCUGUUGAGCCAUACCCUUGCGGAUUGGGAUAUCACCUACAAUUUGUUUUAUUUCCUUAUUAAUAGCAUGAUCCCUUCUCUUUUUACCAGCUGCUCACCUUAAUAAUCUCAUCUUGCAGAUAAAAGUUUUUAUUUCAAGACUUUCAUUGGAGCUCAGUUCUGACACUAGCAAGUAAGGGUUUGAAUAUAGAUUGCAUUAAAUAGCUUGGCUUUGGCCUCCGACUGUAUUCUUCUUUGACUUAAUUGUAUAGACUUAUUGGUAGCUGAACGUAUUUCCCCUCUGCACUCUAACUUAAAGUUGGAGGUGAUUAUGGAACAUAACAGCUGUGUAUACCGCUUAAUUUUGAAUGCAUGAAACAUAUUUUUUUUAUUAUUUUACAUUUAUAUGUUUCAUAUUUCUAGCAACAAAAAUAAAGUAUCACUGUUCUCAAAGAAUUCAUGUUUGUUGUCUCAUCAACUAUGGAUAUCAAUGGCGAUCAAA